CUUCACUCCAGUUUCUUCCGCAGAAGCAUGGAGGAUGGGCUGGAACACACACAGAGAUGUGAUGUAGUCUUGCCAUCAAAAAUAAGUCGCCCUGUGUUUUUUGCAUCUCCUGCUGGGAAGUUCUGAGUCGGUGGAGGGUCACACUUUGUACAAGGAAAGAUGACGCUACAACUGAAAGAUUUAUAUUUGAUGGUUCUCAAGAAGCUGGACGAAGAGAGCUUUGUUCAGUUCAAAACAAGGUUAAGCACGUUGAAUGUGAAGAAAAAAUAUCAGCGGAUCCCGAGCUCCCAACUAGAAGGUGCAGAUCCACAAUCUGUCAUUGACCUCAUCCUGGAAUUUUACACUGAGUUCUAUGGGAUCACUGUGAUCCAGGCUGUCCUAGAUGCCAUCAAUAAGAAGGAACUUUGGAAUAAAGUACUGGAUGAAUUGAAAGAAAAUGGACACUUUUUGGACCUACACCGAUCAGAUUUGAUUGAGUACGAGAAUGUUCGAGUAGAUCCGAUUCUGUACUAUCUGCACUACCUAAAGUUACUGACGGAUGAACAGUAUGAGGAUAUAACUAAACAACCGACAUACCAAGAAAAGAUGGAGGGCUUGUUGGAUACUGUGCGAUGCUGGGAUGAUGUAAACAAGGCAACAAUUAUUAUAGCUCUAAAAUGUUAUAAUCCUGAAGUCCUUGAACUAAGAACUGAUGACAGACUACGGAACGCCAUAAAGAUUGGUGAAAUGUGCUAUAAUAGUGAAUAUUUUAGAUUAAAAGGAAGGGACAUUGGCAUGACAGAAGAUGCAGCCAGAAUGCAUUUUCUGGAGAAAUAUAAAGAAAAACUCAUAAAGAACAUACUGAUGGUGGAUCCAGUGUUGGAUGAUCUCCGAGAUCAGCAGCUGCUCACACAGAGACAGCACACAAACCUAAUGAAAAAGACAACACCCCAGGAGAAGAUGAGAUCCCUCUAUGAUACAGUGAGGACCCGGAGCUAUCCUGACAAGGAAAAAAUGUACAAGGCUCUGAAAAAAUACAACUAUGGAAUCAUAAGGAACUUGCUAACACAAGAGGGCAGAUUUGAUUACGAUUUUCAGAUGAUUUUUAGGAAUCACUUUUUGGAUGGAAACCAGAAGGAACUCAUAGAAAAAAUCAGAAAUGUAGAUCCAGUUCUGCAGGAUCUUUUGGAUCAGCGCCUGCUGACAGAACAACAAUAUAAUAAGUUGAGAGAGAAGCCGUCCUCAGAGCAAAAGAUGAGAUCUCUCUGUGAUAUGAUUUAUAAUUGGAGUUAUACUAACAAGGACAAAGUAUACAACAUACUGAGAAGACACAACUAUGAGGAAUUAAGAGCCCUGGAGCUAUCGUAUGUUCCAUCUCUAUUAGAUGGAGACUUAUCUGAAAUCUCUCCACCGGACUAUCUGUACAUAUACGGACUUCCCGAGUAUCAAGGUGCAUUUAACAAAACUGAAGUUGAGAUGAUGGUUCCACCAUUGUCACCUCAUGCUAAGGAGCAUUUUUUGGACAGUCAAUGGUCAUUUCUGAUACAGAAGAUAAAGUUUGCCGAUCCAGUUCUAUUUGACCUGAGGGACAAUAUGCUGAUCACACAGGAAGAGUUCCAGAAUCUGAUUAGCAAAUCUUCAUCUAGAGAGAAGAUGUGUGAACUCUUUGGCAUUAUCAGUUUCUGGGACCAUAAGAAGAAAGACCUGUUUUACGAUGCUCUUUGGAAGUAUAACGACCAGGAAAUGUCUAUGCUGGAAGGCCGGUACCAAAAAAUGUGGGAUCCUGAAUCAUUGCAAUCUGAAUCUACUAGGAUAUCAGUUCACAAACGAAACAAGCUCAUAUUUCUGAAAAACAUGGUCGCAAAAGACAUUGGAAUCCUCUCACAUCAUAUGGAGUGCCGUCUGUGUGGAAAGUUCCAGGAUUCUGGUUCUGUAUUAAAUCCAGAUGUUUUGGGAAAUAUAUUCAGGAUAGAGCUGGAAUCUGCCGGCCUCUUCUGUUGCCAGAAGACGGGAAUUAAAUUCCAGGUCACCGGUCCUUUGGUUAUCAUCUAUUCUCUGGAAUCCUGGAGUGAUUACUUGGAAGAAAGAACUGGGAGUAAACAUGAGAUUAUCGGACCUCUAUUUAACAUAAAAAUCUAUGAGCAGUCAACAGCCAAUGCGGUAUCAGCAGUGUACUUGCCACAUUAUUUAUGCCUAAGAAGUUUUACUGGGGACCCAUCGAGUAUUAAAUGUGCCCACUUUAUAGAUGGGAACAUGACCUUGAAAAGCCCGUCACGAGUGGAACCGUUUUAUAUAGUUCUGGAGAAUCCCACCUUCUCCUGCCUGGGCCCUCUGCUGUCACUUGUGAAAAAAAAGAUUCCGAUUCAUGGAAUUAUACUCGUCUACUUCCGGAUAGUUUGUCCAGGAGAACCUGAAUAUCAAGAAUAUAAAAUUCACCUACAUCUACUGCCACUUAUUGCACACAUCGGAGAGAGACUUGACAAGGAAAAGACAACGUUAAAAUUUAAGAGAAUUGCAAAGCCUCCUCAAACCCAUGACACCGUAUACACAAAAACCAAAUAUCUCAUUACCAGUCGCCCACAAGACUAUGUGCGUCCCAAGACUCUUAAGUUCCAGUCUAGUUAUCACUCUGAGCCUUUCGAGUUCACAGAGAUCAGUGUAAGAGGAAAUGAUGUCAACAUUUUUCUGGAGGUAAAAGAAGAAAGCACCACAGAAACAGUCUGGGACACUAUCUUAACAAGAGGGGACAUAAAAGAUUUUUCAGUAGUUCAGCUGAGGGAGAGGGACGGUGCAUCCCCUCCACUAGUACAUUUUGUGGAUAAACACCGAAGGGCUCUUAUCGAAAGACUGUCCCACGUAGACCCGGUUCUGGACGAUCUGCUGGACCAGAAUCUUCUGACCCUGGAGCAAUAUGACACUAUACGUCAGAGGGAACCUCCCCAAGAGAAGAUGAGACAGCUCUAUCAAUAUACAACCUCCUGGGGUAACCCAGACAAGGAGAAGCUUUUCCAGGCUAUACUAACGUGCAACAGACCUCUUAUCAUUGAUCUUGAGGGACUAUAAAUUGCUAUUUACAAAGGUUUGCCAUAGUUGAGAGGCCUGCCUGCCCUAAUCACAUAUGCUGUGCCCCAUUACUAUUUUUUAAUGCAUGUGAUUUCAAUUUGCCUCCAUCUCUUUAUUUUUUUUUCUCAGUUUAUUAACCCCUACCCAGUUUUCUACAAAGUGGGGGGAUUAAAGUCAAGCCAAAUAGCCUGUUCUUGACUUGUACACCUAGAUUACAGAUAUUGUAUGGAAUGUUGCAGUUUAUUCAGUGGAGUUGAUUUAAGGCAAAUCAACUUAAAAGCGGAGUUCCAGAUGUUUUUGUGUUUAUUAAAAGUCAGCAGCUCCCCUCCGCAGCGCUGACAUCAAUACAGCUUGUGGCUUCACAGCCGGGUGUGCACUGCGAAUGCGAGAGUCACGCCUCAUGUCCUGAAUGGUAAUCUUCUGGGACCUGUGACGUGUCCCAGAAGAUUGCAGGGAUGGAGGGGCCACCUAGGCGACCCGAGCGGAAGUAGGAGCUGGAUACCUGCACCCCCCCC